GGUCUCCGGCGGGCGGAGGAGGCAGAGGCGGCGGGAGGAUGAGCGCUCCCCGGGAGCCGGGAGCGGAUCUGGCUCGUUUCUAUACUGUCACCGAGCCCCAGCGACACCCGAGGGGUUAUACGGUGUAUAAGGUCACCGCCCGGGUUGUUUCACGAAGAAAUCCGGAGGAUGUCCAGGAGAUAAUCGUGUGGAAGAGAUACAGUGAUUUUAAGAAACUUCACAAAGAACUCUGGCAAAUUCACAAAAAUUUAUUUCGACAUUCAGAAUUGUUUCCUCCGUUUGCCAAAGGCAUAGUGUUUGGACGCUUUGAUGAAACGGUUAUUGAAGAAAGAAGACAGUGUGCUGAAGAUCUGCUGCAGUUCUCUGCAAACAUCCCCUCUCUCUAUAACAGUAAACAACUUGAAGAUUUUUUCAAGGGUGGAAUAAUUAAUGAUGGGUCUGAAUUGAUUGGUCCUCCAGAAGCUUCCUCAGAUUCCCUCCUCGAGAGCUUUGCUACAGGAAGUACAGAAGGCUUCUCCAGUGACAGUGAUCUGAUAUCUCUUACUGUUGAUGUGGAUUCUCUUGCUGAGGUAGAUGAUGGAAUGGCUUCCAAUCAAAAUUCUCCCGUUAGAACUUUUGGUCUCAAUCUUUCUUCGGAUUCUUCAGCACUGGGGGCUGUUGCUUCUGACAGUGAACCGAGCAAAGCAGAAGAAGAACAGGGGAGCCGCAGCCUCUUUCCUGGCAGUUUAAAACACAAACUUGGCAAGAGAGAUUAUUUGGAGAAAGCAGGAGAAUUAAUAAAACUGGCUUUAAAAAAAGAAGAAGAAGAAGACUAUGCAGCCGCUUCUACUUUUUAUCGGAAAGGAGUUGAUUUACUCCUCGAAGGUGUUCAAGGAGAGUCAAGCCCUACCCGUCGAGAAGCUGUGAAGAGAAGGACGGCGGAGUAUCUCAUGCGGGCAGAAAGUAUUUCUAGUCUUUAUAGAAGAUCUCAACCUGAUGAGGCGGCACAGCCUCCAGGAUCACUAAGUUCAAGGCCCCCUUGGAACCUAAGGAGCCCUGCCGAGGAGCUGAAGGCCUUCAGAGUCCUUGGGGUGAUUGACAAGGUUUUACUUGUAAUGGACACACGGACAGAACAGACAUUCAUUUUAAAAGGUCUCAGGAAAAGCAGCGAGUGCAGCGGGAGCAGAAAGACCAUCGUCCCCCGCUGUGUGCCGCACAUGGUGUGUCUGCACAAGUACAUCAUCUCGGAGGAGUCGGUGUUUCUUGUGCUGCAGCAUGCAGAAGGUGGCAAACUUUGGUCGUACAUCAGUAAGUUUCUAAACAGAAGUCCCGAAGAAAGUUUCGACAUCCAAGAAGUGAAAAAAUCCACGCUUCCUAAAGUUCACCUGCAGGAGCCAACUUCUAGUCUGCAGGACAGCAGCAGUUUUGAAUCCAGAGGCAGUGACGGUGGAGGCAUGCUUCAAGUGCUCCCUUUGAAAACUAGUCUGACCCCAAGCUCUCAGGAUGAUAGCAACCAGGAAGAUGAUGUUCAGGAGAGCUCUCCGAGAUGGCCAGACUCUGACUCAAGUUCCCAAGAAGAAUGCACCACCAGUUACUUAACAUUAUGCAAUGAAUACGGACAAGAAAAGGUCGACCCAGGCUCUUUGAAUGAGGAGUCCUGUAUGAAGCCUGAAGACGCCAAGGCUGCUGACCGCUUCCCAGCACCCCUUGCUGCUGACUACAAGAGCCCCAGCCCACAGCUGAUGUCUCACGACUUGAAGCUUCUCCCGGAAGAUGAUAACCCAGAAGCAGGUAGUUCUCCAAGAACAUCGGAUUCCCUCAGCAGAUCUAAAAAUAGCCCCAUGGAGUUCUUUAGGAUCGACAGUAAGGAUAGCACGAGUGAACUUCUGGGAGUUGAUUUUGGAGAAAAAUUGUAUAGCCUCAGAUCAGAACCUUUGAAACCGUUCUUUGCUCUCUCUGAAGCAGACAGCCCUUCCAGGAGCUUUGACGCUGUUGAGAGCAAGGGAAAGAUAAACGCUCAGGACACCGUCAGCCGGGGCUCAAAUGACUCCGUCCCAGUUAUUUCUUUCAGAGAUGCUGCUUUUGAUGAUGUCAGUGGUGCCGAUGAAGGAAGGCCUGAUCUUCUUGUAAAUCUUCCUGGUGAACUAGAGUCAACAAAGGAAGCUGCAGCCAUGGGACCUACUGAGACUAACAUCGGCGUUCUAGAAAGUAAACUCUUGGAAGCCCCCGAUGUUUUAUGCCUCCGGCUUAGUACUGAACAGUGCCAUCCUCAUGAAGAAGCAGGCAUAGAGGAAUUGAGUGACCCCCACAGACCCAAAGCCCGGAGUAUGACAGAGAAACACUAUGCCCAGAAGGAUCUUGGGAUGUUAUUUAUAGCAACUGCUGAUCCUGGCCGUUCAGGAGACGAGUCUUUGUUACACAGCUCAGACCCUGCACUUGAAGGACUUGGCGAGAUUGGGUCAGCACUAACAGCCAACAACACAGGAGAAAGUUUAUUCGAUAUUUCUAACCCACUCUCAGGUGCUAAUAAAUAUAAUGCAAACGCAGACACUUUAAAACCAGAAGAAGUAUUGCUGUUUAUAGAUCAAGCUGAUGAUUUCACUAAAGAGGAGCCGACGUCUUUAUUCCAGAGAGACUCUGAGACCAAGGGAGAGAGCGAGUUAGCGCUAGAAGGAGACAAGGAAAUACACCAGAUUUUUGAGGACCUCGAUAAAAAAUUAGUCCUUACCUCCAGGUUUUAUCUCCCAGAGGACUGCAUUCAAAGAUGGGCAGCUGAAAUGGUGGUAGCCCUUGAUGCUUUACAUAGAGAGGGAAUUGUGUGCCGUGAUUUGAACCCAAACAACAUCUUAUUGAAUGAUAGAGGACACAUCCAGCUAACGUAUUUUAGCAGGUGGAGUGAGGUUGAAGAUUCCUGUGACAGCGAUGCCAUAGAGAGAAUGUACUGCGCCCCAGAGGUUGGAGCAAUCACAGAAGAAACUGAAGCCUGCGAUUGGUGGAGCUUGGGCGCUGUCCUCUUUGAACUUCUCACUGGCAAGACGCUGGUUGAGUGCCAUCCAGCGGGAAUCAGUACUCACACUACUCUGAACAUGCCAGAAUGUGUCUCAGAAGAGGCUCGCUCACUCAUUCAACAGCUGUUGCAGUUUAACCCCAUGGAGCGUCUUGGUGCCGGGGUGGCUGGUGUUGAAGACAUCAAAUCUCAUCCAUUUUUCACCCCAGUGGAUUGGGCAGAACUGAUGAGAUGAACACAGUGCAAGAUUUCCUGCACACCCUCUGUCUCUUCUGUGACAGGCAAGGCAGCACAGAGGCACCUCUGUCUCCCAGUCAUCGAUGGGACACCAAGUCGUUUCAAUAAAGACAUUGAAGGAAAUGGGAGAAGAAAGGUGCUAACAAGAACAAUUCAUUUACACAAACUGCCUGCAGAUUUAGAACAGCAAGGGGAUGCUACAUGUAAUCUGCACUUAGUGUGGCAGAUGAGUUAUAAGCCCCACUGCAAAAGGAGCGCCCUUCAACUUGUUCUUAGUGCUGAAUUGAGUGUAACUUGGAAGAAGGACCUUUCCAUGGCAGCUGCUAACCAAGAUCGAUUUAUAUGAACAAAUUACUAUUUGCUGAAUAAUAUACUAAAAUUGCUUCAUGAAUAAUGUCAUUUGUGGAACUUAAGAUGCAAGAAUAAGGAAUGUACACACACCUGGUAGGAAACUUGUACCAUGAUGCUGUACAAUUAACGUGUCUUGACCGUGGCCUCAUACUUUCAGAAGUUCAUGCGAGAAGAAAGCAUUCCACGCUGUCAACUUUGCCCUUUGUUGGGUGGUCCUACAUAUUUAGAGAAGGCAUUCAUAUAAAUACUCUCUCUCUCUCAUGUUUUACUUCCUUUCCCCAUCUUUCCAUUUCUUCCAUCCUUGCCUAGUCACUCAUAUUCCAUUGUUCCCACCCCUAUACAUACACAUACAACAAAAAAGGGAAUGGAUUAUGUAUUUAUAAGGACAAAGGAAUCAUGAGACAAAAUAAAUAUGGUAAAAUUCUAAAUCUC